AUGGAUCCCAACGGCAACAGCAAUCGUCUCCACCUGAAUUUCGGGUAUAACGAGCGUGCAUUCAAUCCGGCCGCGAUGAACAACCGCGCCUAUCCUACAACGCCUUCCGCUUUCCCCCAGCCGAUUUAUCAGAAUCAGGGUCCGCAGGAUUAUAUGGAUACCCAAAAUGGCGCGUAUAGUGGACAAGGAUACUUCAUGACCAACCCGUACCCGCCGCAGACGCCGCAGUACGCCCAGGCACCUUAUGGCCAGCAGUUGGCGUCUCCUCAGCAGCCUACCUACCAAAAUCGUGUGCCGUACAAUGACGGAACCAAUGGUUUGAUCCAGCAGUUUUCCAACCAGGAUUUGAAUUCGCCUCGUGGGGGGUUCUUUAAUCGCAAUGCUUCGCCGGGACAGCGGCCCCGGACGGCGGGAUCUUCUGCUCCCGGCCAGCAGCAGCAGCAGCAGCAGCAGCAGCAGCCACACCUGGUUCCUCCCAUGCCUCGCAGUCCCCGGACGCCCGCCGAGAAUGAGGAACUCCAACGUGACCCUGAGCGAAUUUCAGAGAAUGUUCACAAGCGUGGAAAAGCUGCCAAGGAGCUGGUCAAUGUGUUUUUCCAUGAGAAUAUUGAACGUGCACGGGACCGUAACAUGCGUUCGGCGGACCUGGACAAACUCAUUCGUGACCCCGCCGUGCCCAAGGAGAAGAAGUGUCAAGACACCGGAGCCGUCUCCAUAAGGGAAUCCAACUUCCUUCGAUUCCUCCGGACCAAGGAAACCCCGAACAACUUCCAGACAAUCAAGGUUAUCGGAAAGGGUGCAUUUGGUGAGGUCAAGCUGGUGCAACGGAAGACCGAUGGCAAGAUCUACGCUCUCAAGUCUCUCAUCAAGACUGAGAUGUUCAAGAAGGACCAAUUGGCUCACGUCCGUGCGGAGCGUGACAUUCUUGCCGACUCCAAGGACAACCCGUGGCUAGUUAAGCUGCACGCCUCGUUCCAAGACACCGCUUACCUUUACCUGCUGAUGGAAUUCUUGCCUGGUGGUGACUUGAUGACUAUGCUAAUCAAGUAUGAAAUUUUCUCGGAGGACAUUACGCGAUUCUACAUGGCAGAAGUGAUAAUGGCUAUCGAGGCUGUUCACAAGCUUGGUUUCCUGCAUCGUGAUAUCAAGCCUGACAAUAUCCUCCUUGACCGUGGCGGUCACGUUAAGCUCACUGAUUUCGGUCUUUCUACCGGUGGCAAGAAGACGCACGAUAAUUCGUACUACCAAAACCUUCUCAAGAACUCGACGUCCAAGGACAAGAAUCGCAACUCGGGAUACUUUAACGACGCAAUCAACUUGACCGUGUCAAACCGUGGACAGAUCAACACCUGGAGGAAGUCUCGCCGUGCCAUGGCGUACUCGACCGUCGGAACACCAGAUUACAUUGCUCCCGAAAUCUUCAACGGCCAAGGGUACACCUACCUGUGCGAUUGGUGGUCGGUUGGUGCCAUUAUGUUCGAGUGUCUCGUUGGAUGGCCACCAUUCUGCGCUGAGGACACUACCGAUACCUACCGUAAGAUUGUGAACUGGCGGGAGUGUCUUUACUUCCCUGAAGAACUUACUCUUUCUCGUGAAUCCGAGCAUCUCAUUCGAAGUUUCCUGUGUGACCCUGAACACCGUGUUGGUAGCGAAGGUGGCCAAUAUGGUGGUGCCUCGCAGAUCAAGAAUCACCCCUUCUUCCGCGGAGUGGUCUGGGACCAACUUCGCAACAUCCGCGCUCCGUUCGAGCCAAGACUCAGCUCGAACAUCGAUGUCUCGUACUUCCCCAUUGACGAGAUCCCACAGGAAGACACCAGUGCCAUCCACCGUGCUCAGGCUCGCGCUAUGCCGGAUGAGCAAGAAGCGGAGAUGAGUCUGCCGUUCAUCGGAUACACGUACAAAGCAUUCAAUGCCUUCCAGGGCAACUGA